GGCAAUACCCCAAUGUACUUCUUGAUUAUUCUCAAAACUUCAGUUUUCGAAAAACUUCUCAGUUGGACCGAGAAAAUAUUUGAUGAUUUAUUCCUUCGAAUGUUAGCCAAUGUCAACAUUUUGAUUGAACAAAUCAAUGGCCAAGUAUUUUAUUAUACAUAUUUUCCUUACCAAAAGACAACUUGUCAAUCAACAAAACCUUUUCGAGUUUUUCGAAAUUUCAAUUGUUCGCUGGAAAAUUCCGAUGUAUUUCCAGAAAAGUUCAAAAACAUUCAUGGAUGCACUCUGCGCAUAUUGACAAGGAACUUUCUUUUUGGUAGAAAAACUCAUUAUUUUGGAGGACUGCCAGAAGCUUGGGAUAUAGAACGGGAGAUUUUGGACACUCUCAAGGCUAAGAUAAAUUUUGAAGUUAAAUUCACCCGAGCAAUUGUAUAUGACCGACUUGAAGUUUGGGCAAAUGGAAGUGCUUUUGGGUCAUACAAAUUGCUCAAAAAUGGUAAAGCUGAUAUCAUGAUUGGUUUCUAUCGACACGGACCUUUACAAGACCUCAUCUUCACCACGAGUGUAUCCUACUUUAGGAACUGGUUUGUAAUCGCUAUGCUUCGUCCAGCUCCAGAAUUUUUGAAAUUUUCCUGGCUUUUUGCACCAUUUCAUCCUUAUGUAUGGAUUUCUACAUUCACACUUCUCAUUGGUGCCUCGGUCUGUAUAACUUUGUUCUCCAAUAUCUCAGGUUUUGUGAAACUUUUCGAACUUCAACCCAAUCGACCGAAAAUCUUCAACUCUUUGGUAAUUGCAAUUGGAAUGACUAUUGCCAAAGUACCGAAGAAAAAUUUUCUACGAUAUUGCUUCAUUAUUUGGAGUUUUGGACUUUUAACAAUUCGUUCAAUGUAUCUAGGCAAAUUGUUUGACUCAUAUCGUCGAAUAAUUCCUAAAACAACUCGUCUCACAGUAACACAGCUUUUAGCUGAUCAUUAUACGAUUCAUAUGCAAACUGCAUAUUUUCCUUUGUUUAGAAAUUUCUCCGGAAUGGAUAGUAUCAAAUAUGAAGAAUUGACAACCGAUAGAAAACUUAACCAAGCUUUGACCAAGAAUAGUGCCGUAAUCGAUUCGUUUUUGUAUUUUUAUUUGACUCACAAUCAAUCGGAAUUGGCCGAUUUGGUGAUGGAGCCUUUAUUUACGGAACAUAUAUGUGUCUUUUUUCAGCCACAUUCAUCGAUGGCAGUGAUUGUGGAUCAGAUUAUUUUACGGAUGAUAGAAGGAGGACUUUUGUUACGUUGGAUGGAACAUUUUGAAAAAUUGAAAAAUAUUAACUUUUCUCAUACAAAAUUCUCAUCUGAAACAGGACCUAUUGUCAUUGGAAGAUUCAAGUAUAUUAUGGCUUUGUUUGGUGCGUUAUAUAUUUUGGCUGGUGUUGUUUUUGUAAUUGAAUUAUUUUGGAAGAAAAUUCGAAUGUUUUUUUCGAGGCUUAGAAUGAACAAAAUUAAAAAAAUAAUUAAAAAAUAAAUUAAUA